AAUAACUAAAUCAACAAUAUAGAAGAGAAGAUAAAGAUCUUAUCUUUCUUCUCAUUCUUGAGUUUAUUCCCACAAUGGCGAUUCGGAAGGAGGAAGAAAGUAGAGAAGAACAGAGCAAUUCGUAUCUUCUUGAUGCUCUUUACUGUGAAGAAGAGAAAUGGGAAGAUGAAGGAGAAGAAGAAGUUGAAGAAAACUCUUCCUUUUCUUCUUCUUCUUCUACUUCUCCAUUCGUUCUUUUGCCACAAGAUUUGUUCUGGGAAGAUGAAGAUCUGGUCACUCUCUUCUCCAAAGAAGAAGAACAAGGACUCAGCUGUCUCGAUGAUGUUUAUCUCUCCACGGAUCGAAAAGAAGCUGUUGGUUGGAUUCUCAGAGUCAACGCUCAUUAUGGCUUCUCUACUUUGGCAGCUGUUUUAGCCAUAACUUAUCUCGAUAAGUUCAUCUGUAGCUACAGCUUACAGAGAGACAAACCAUGGAUGCUUCAGCUCGUUUCUGUCGCGUGCCUCUCACUUGCGGCUAAAGUCGAAGAAACUCAAGUCCCUCUUCUUCUAGACUUUCAAGUGGAGGAGACAAAGUAUGUGUUUGAAGCAAAAACCAUACAGAGAAUGGAGCUACUGAUUCUGUCUACUCUCCAAUGGACGAUGCAUCUCAUUACUCCAAUCUCGUUUCUAGACCACAUUAUCAGGAGAUUGGGACUUAAGAACAAUGCUCACUGGGAUUUCCUCAACAGAUGCAACCGUCUCCUCCUCUCUGUAAUCUCCGAUUCAAGAUUUGUCGGGUACCUCCCAUCAGUAGUUGCCGCAGCUACCAUGAUGCGAAUUAUAGAGCAAGUUGAGCCCUUUGACCCUCUUUCAUACCAAACUAAUCUCCUCGGUGCCCUUAACUUAACCAAGGAAAAGGUGAAAACUUGCUACGAUCUAAUCCUCCAACUACCAGUGGACCGCAUCGGUUUACAGAUCCAAAACCAAUCUUCCAAGAAACGCAAGAGUCACGAUUCAUCAUCAUCAUCGUUGAACAGCCCAAGCUGCGUGAUUGAUUCAAACCCUUUCAAUAGCGAUGAAAGCUCAAACGAUUCGUGGUCAGCGAGUUCGUGCAACCCACCAUCGUCGUCGUCCCCGCAGCAACAACAACAACCUCCAUUGAAGAAGAUGAGAGGAGGUCAAGAGAAUGAGAAGAAGAAGCCGAUUUUGCAUCUGCCAUGGGCAAUCGUAGCCACUCCAUAAUCGAAAGCUCGAUUUCGUUUAUAUAUAUUUUUACUGUUUUUUUAACUUUUGAGAACAAUCUUUGUAUUAAACUUCCCCGUUUGCA